GCCAGAUCAUCAAUAGGUUGUUAGUGAUCGAAUCAAUAUUUCUGUUGUGAUGGUCCUGAAUCGAAUGAUAGUGAUUUGUAGAAUAUUGAUUGAUAAUCUAUGAGGUGAGUGGUUUUCGGUGCGCUAAGCCGGUGAUUCUGAUCUGUACCGUCUGUCAGUUGGCAGUUUUUGUAAAGGAACGCGUCGCCAAGUGACUAACAUGACGAGAUACCAAUUGACGUAAAGGAUUUUUUUGAAUAAACGUAUUUUAAAAUUGGCCUUACAACAAGCUUCCUCCAGGUAUAUAUUUCUGCGCAAACAUAUUAAACAUAAACACAGAUGAGGUUCGUUCCGCAAUAUUAUUUAACGUAUAUAUUGUUAGAUAUUAAAACGUACAUUUGGAUGAAUAGUUCCCGAUAAGAGUACGUUAUAUUGAAUAAGUAAACCACUAAGUCACGCGCUUCAUAAGACUGUAUAAUUUAAAAGAAAAAAACUUCCAAAAAUUAAAAAAAAAAAAGAGGAAAUCAGUUCAUUCGUGUUUCUUCUGUAUCUAAAACGGCUACGAAUAUUCAUGCAGUCUGUAGCACUGACCUUUACCCAGACUUAUACAGUCUAAGGGAGCUGUUUGUGGGUUUCAACUAGCUAGCAAUGUUUCUCCCGAAACUUCCAGGAAAAGGCUCAAGCCGGCUCACAACACAUACCAAAUCAUUAUACACACAAAUGGAACAUUAUUGCAUGCACGACGAAACCGAUGCUCGUAUUUGUGGUCGGAAUAGUUUUUACAUGGCCUACUAAGCGAGGCCACGACAUUACAGAGAAUCGAGUUUAGUAAAUCUACAGUAUACAUCUCAACGCUUUCCAGUGGGAUUGCUUAUAGCAGCUAAAAAGCAGACUUUAGCGUUAUACUGUACGAUUAUAGUUCAUUCUUUAAGGUAACGUGGCACACGACUCUAUCGAACCGGCUGAUAACUUCUCAUUGGGCUACCAGAACGUAUCAGAAAUGUAUAGCACUGAUUAAUGUGUUAGAAGGUCCCAGAUUUUGUCGAGGCCUCAGCUAGAGAGGACAUAAGAGCGCCGCGUGUUAAUUAGGAGUUCACUAACGGAACAGUACCAAGAAAUUCUCUUGCAUUUGGUUGAAAACCACACGACACCAACUGAAUUCAAUUGAUCUACUAUAAAGUUUAUACGGAAUAUCUUAACCCAUCUUCUAUAGUACUGGGUAGGUUCGCUGAAUCGUCUUCGUUGUCUUAAUUUCGUACCUUCAAACAAUAGAGAGAUAAUAGGGUGGUAAACACAAAAAGGAUCAAAAUGGGUUGGUCACUGAAUAGACUGUGGAUCUUGCCAAUAGUUUGGGUUACCGCACCAAACAAAGACCAGUUCGGUGUGGCCGGUCUCAACAACGGUUUGGCCCUUACGCCCCCUAUGGGCUGGCUCUCAUGGGAAAGAUUCUUGUGCCAGGUCGAUUGUAAGGCAUAUCCGGACUCCUGCAUCAGCGAACGCUUAUAUACUUCAAUAGCUGAUGUUAUGGCUUUGGAGGGAUACCUCGAUGCUGGCUAUGAUCUCGUGAAUAUUGACGACUGCUGGAUGGCCGAUAAACGCGACUUCGACGGAAUACUUCAAGCCAACUAUACGCGUUUUCCACAUGGCAUCCAAUGGCUUGCCAACUAUGUCCAUGCCAGAGGCCUACGGCUUGGUAUCUACCAGGACUGCGGCACGAAAACCUGUGGAGGCUACCCUGGAAGUCAAGGGUUUUUCGACAAGGACGCAAAGACUUAUGCCAGCUGGGGUGUAGACAUGUUAAAACUUGAUGGGUGCUACGCAAAUGAAGAGGACAUGGACCAAAUCUAUCCUGAAAUGACGCGUGCAUUGAACAGAUCCGGCCGUCCUAUUAUUUUUUCGUGUUCAUGGCCUGCAUACCAGUUCCAGCAUCGGACUCCCGAUUAUGAAAGCAUCUCUCGCCACUGUAAUCUAUGGCGAAACUUUGACGACAUCGGUGAUUCGUGGGCUAGUGUGACAAGCAUAAUGGACUACUACGCGGAGAUUCAGGACAUCCUCAUACCGUUCAAUGGGCCUGGUGCUUGGAACGAUCCGGACAUGCUUGUAAUAGGUAACUUCGGCCUGUCAGUCGAUCAGGCCAAGACCCAGAUGGCCAUAUGGGCCAUUUUAGCAGCUCCACUCUUCAUGUCAACCGAUUUGCGAUCGAUACGACCGGAAUACAAGAAGAUUCUACUCAAUAAAGCCAUUAUUGGUGUUAAUCAAGAUCUCUAUGGCAUUAUGGGCCGCCAGAUUUACAAUAUGAAUAGUAUCCAAAUUUGGAUCCGUCCCGUAGGCCCACGCGCGACCGAUGGAUCGAUGUCCGCUGCAAUUGCUAUUCACAAUAGGUACAGCAUGGGCAGCCCCCGGUUGGUUAAUGUUUCCCUGUCAAGUAUGGGUAUGAACUACGAGGGCGGGUAUACAGUCAACGAUCUCUUCGAGCGACAAGUCUCAAAUUUAACACUCUUCCCAAGCGACCGCCUCGCCGUACGUGUGAACCCUUCGGGUGUUGUUAUGGUUAAAGCCACAAUACGUGACAUAUCAGCUUCCGUUAAAAAUCCACAGUCUCUAAAUGUUUUUAAAGAUUCUGUGCGUUCCGACACUCCGGACAGGACCGCGUUCAGCACUGAAUAGAAUGGCAACCUUGAUAUAAACACCUCAGGGAAACUUAUCCAUCAUAAUCGACAGCACAUGUCCAGUAUGGGUUAUGGUCCUGUAGAGCCGUGACGCCAAUGACCCAUCCCAAAACACCUCAGCGAUGUCGGUUAUUCCACUAUGCAUAUUCAACAAUUUAGGCGCUUCGUAUAACCGAAAAUGCCAGUGUAAUUUUAAAAAUAAUACGUAAAUCUUAUUUACGAUCCGUAAUCUAACGAAAUCGAUAGAAUAAAGCCUACGUUUGGCAGCAACGCGAAUUUGCUUGUGUGUAAAAUUUUAUUGUAAGAUGAUAAAGCGAUAUAGCUUUUAUUAGUAAUCUAUUCUGUGUUAGAAUGAUGUCUUCAACAAAGAAUUCGGAUAUGAGGAUCAAUUUAAAACCGGCUCUUGUGUUACAUACAUCGUUGAAUCUAAUUUCCGCACCCUUGAUUGGAGAUAACAUAUUCAUUGAGAUAGAUAUUGUCAUGUGUGUUUCCUUUGAUCGUCGGCUUUUUUUUUCUAUUCAUUCUGUUAUUCGACUUUUUUUUUUUUGAAUGAAACCUCGUUAUUGCUCACAGACUUUUGGUAAAAAUUUCUAUACUAUGAUGUUUUGCCAAAUAAAAUGUAUGCCAAAGAAUUAAAAUUAUGAAUGCA